AUGCCGCCGGCCAUUUGUGACUCGGAAGAUGAGGACGAGAUCCUUCUCGAUGACGGACCUUCCCAGCGAAGCACCUUCUCCGCCUAUGCGGCCCAAGCUGAGGCAAUGUUGGAGACCUUCCCCAAUUACGAUGGAGCGGGCGAUGAACAGCCUGCAAGCACCACCUCUUCUGAACUGCGAAGACAGAUUCUCAGUGCUGAACGAAACCUUGCUGCUACCGCCUCCCUGAGUACGCACGCCAUGGCAACAUCAAAUUCGCCCGUGCUGCAAAAGGACAAACGCCGGAAGUCUACUGCCAUUGCCUCUGAGCCUGUCGCCAGUCCACCGAAGAGCGUGAGACGGACAAAGACUACUAACGUCAAAAUCUACGGCAAGAGCAACCGCACUUUCCAGGCUGCAGCCAACGCGGAUGCAGCCUUUAAUCAACUCGAUGACAACGCCGAGCCCGUGAAGACAUCCCAAUCCGCCAAGUUCACUGAGCAUUCGAGUGGUCCAAAUCCAUCAAGCGGACUGCCGGAAGGAACCAUUCAUGAGGACUUCAUCAACCACGAGCCAAACUUGAUGUUCAAAGACACUGGCAGCACUAACGCCUUCAAUGAGUCCUCUCAGCAGAGACUUGUCGAGCAGGCGUUGAAAAACGGCGGACAGACCAUCGUGGCUUCAGGGCAGAAAGGUGCAUCCUCCGCUGAACGACAGCAGAGUUCGUCCUUUCCCUGGUCAGCAUCAGCAGACGCAACGCAAUCACCCACGAACAGGCAACCUGAAGCUCAGCCCGAAAACAUGCCAGCUGCCCAGGCUGAAAGUUUGGGACAAGUCGACAAUGCUGAUGACACUAUCGAGGUAGCGACUAAGCAGACGCCGAAUCGUCCACCAACUGAGACGGCCGCGAAGAAGACUGACAUUCCGCCAAACGAGCCACUGAACAAGAACGACAAGAUUGUUGCUAAUACAUCUGAAGAUUCUGCCCAACCUCCAUCAAAGUCUCGCCCACCAAGGUCCAGUCCUGUCGUGGAGAUCCCACGCUAUCAACCCUCUCAAGACGACGGCAGUACUCAAGACCGCGAGGAAUCACGAAGUCGCAAGCGCAAGGCAAAGGAUGACGAAGAGCCACUCAACUCUGACGACAAAGCUAUUGGACUGCCCAAGGAAAACUACAAACCGAGACCUAGCCGUCGACGAGCGACUGCUGUUCUCGAGGAGCCAAUUGACUACUCCGUCAUCCCCGAGAAAGCUGCGAACAAGCGACGUAAAACUACAGACGGGAAGACUACCGCACCAGACCGUCGACCUACUGAUGAAGACGCUACAGCUGCCUCCCAAUCCAAGGCCCUUGACACCACUGCAACAUCCAAGACAAACGAGCAGGACACAUCUGCCACGAUUGGUGAGGACGUUAGCCAGCAGGUACAACCGCCAGAACCAGCUCCGUCAAACCCAGGCCCAACUUCACAGCAAGAAUUGCAGCCUGAUGACCAUCCUGAGAAAGAUGCAGCGUCUGCCAAGAAGGCUGCCGAUGCGAUACUCAUGAAGCCGCCUACGGUACCUGCCAGCGCCUCCAAGAAGAUCCGGAGAAGCAAGACUACCAUCUUUGAAGACCACGUCAAUCGCACCGAAAAGUCACCCACUCUCAGCCAGCAGCAGGCAAGUAGGCAGUCGGCACCGUUGGAUGUGCCGAAGGAAGUCAAGCAAGACAGGCGAAAAAAGAGGCGAACCAUCGUGGAAGAUGAUGAAGACGAUGACGAUGAAGACGAGCUCGCCAAAGAUAUAUCAGAGAAAGAGGAGGACGUUGCACCCAAGAAGCGAGGUCGACCCGCCAAGCAGAAGCCGCAGAAGGCAAAGUCCAAAGAGCGAGUGCUCGAGGAUUCUGAAGAGGAAGAGGACGAGCUUGAAUUGGAAGUUGAAGAGCCACCGAAGAAGAAACCUCGUGGGCGGCCACCAAAGGCUCAGACAGACAAAGCUGCCAAGCAGAAAGAGACAGCAGAGCAGGUCGACACAACCAGCACAUCCGAUAUUGCAGCAGCGAGCGCUCAGAGCAGUCCUACAAAAUCCGCACUCGAGAGGAAAGACGCCAACGCAAGACCGCAAUCCAAAGACAGUGACACAACCACCAAGGACACGGCCCCCGAGAAGCCAGCGCAGCCCUCAGACACGACUCCCCCAUCGCCGCAAAAGACGCCCGCAAAGCCGAGUCCCAGCACGACGCAUUCCCCGAUCAAAGGCUCGUCAUUUGCAAACUACCGCGUCGGACUGAGCAAGCGGUCACGGAUUCCGUCGUUGCUGAAGAGCUUUCGCGCUCCGGCGCCUGGUCGACGCUGA